CUUAGUUAGGUACGUCUCAGCGGAUUAUAUUCUUUCGUUCAACCAGUGGUUUUUGUUCUGUGCAUACAUGCUCAGGUAGAAAUCAGCUGCUCACUUUUUCUUUAUUAAUUGUUGCAUGGAUUCGCAGAUAAAAUAGUGCACUUUUUACUUGGCAUCCUAUCAUCAUUAAAUUAACGUAUUAACAAAAAAAAUGACGCUUCCGGAAAUCUUUGGCUGUGGCUUCAUCGCAUUCGCACUUCUGGCAUCUGCCUUGCUGUGGUUUGCUCUGGUACCAUUGAGAGAUUACUUGUGGUUCGGUGUAACAUUUUCAGUGCUAUUUCAAGAAGGAUUUCGCUACAUUAUCUAUCGUAUUCUGAGACGCACUGAACAAGGACUUCAAGCGGUAUCUGAUAAUCCGGGUAUAAUCGAAAAUAAGCAUAUUCUGGCUUAUGUGUCCGGUCUUGGAUUCGGUAUAAUAUCUGGCAUGUUUGCAUUGGUCAAUUUACUUGCGGAUUUGUCGGGUCCGGGUACUAUGGGUCUUAAAGGCGGAUCGGAAGUGUUCCUAAUAACUUCGGCGAUACAAGCUCUCGCAAUGAUCCUACUUCAUACUUUCUGGAGUGUUAUAUUUUUCAAUGCUUUUGAUAUCAAUAACUACUUUCAUAUAGCUUACGUCAUCAGCACGCAUCUCUUCGUAUCGCUAAUAACAUUACUCAACGCACAAGGGAUGUACGCAGCCACAUUA